AUGUUCUAUCUAUCUAUCUAUCUAUCUAAAAUUCUAUUUCGGUCUCUUCAUUAUUCAUCUAUCUAUCUAUCUAUUUCUUGUCUUUCAUUAUCUAUCUAUCUAUCUAUCUAUCUAUCUAUCUAUUUCGGUCUCUUCAUUCUUCAAAUCUAUCUAUCAUCUAUCUAUCUAUUUCGACUCUUCAGUAUCUAUCUAUCUAUCUAUCUAUCUAUUUCAGUCUCUUCAUUAUCUAUCUAUCUAUCUAUCUAUCUAUCUAUUUCUAUCUAUCUAUCUUAUUUCAGACUCUUCAUUAUCUAUCUAUAUCUAUCUAUCUAUCUAUCUAUCUAUUUCAUCUUCGUUAUCUAUCUACCUAUCUAUCUCUAUCUAUCUAUCUAUUUCAGUCUCUUCAUUAUCUAUCUAUCUAUCUAUCUAUCUAUCUAUCUAUCUAUCUAUCUAUUUCAGUCUCUUCAUUUCUAUCUCUCUAUCUAUCUAUCUAUCUAUCUAUUUCAGUCUCUUCAUUAUCUAUCUAUCUAUCUAUCUAUCUAUCUAUCUAUCUAUUUCAGUCUCUUCAUUAUCAUCUAUCUAUCUAUCUAUCUAUCUAUCUAUCUAUCUAUUCAUUAUCUAUUUCUAUCUCUAUCUAUCAUCUAUCUAUCUAUCUAUUCUAUUUCAGUCUCUUCAUUAUCUAUUAUCUAUCUAUCUAUUUCAGACGGUAAGGCUGCACUUUCUGUUCAACAGUUAGCUUCCAGCAAGAAAAUAUCUGGUUUUUCCCUUAUUUUUUUCCUGUCUUUUAUCUCCCACCUUUUCAGACACAGCUCUUUGGAUCCUUUUCUUCUAUGCUACUCGUCUCUAUUGAACCACAGCUCGUUUUUCAUUCGUUCCUCUUCACCGCAUAUACUUGUUUAUAAGUCGACUAUUUCGUGUUUUCUUUCUCUUUUGACAUGUUUCCUCCCAUUCAUUCUUUCUUUCUUUUACUUCAAAUUUUCGUACUUUCUUUCUUUCUUUUUAUUUAAUCAUAAUGUUUUAUUCCUUUCUUCGCUGUUUCUUUUAACUUUUCUUUCUUUAUUUUGUUCUUUUCCUUCCUUCCUUCCUUCCUUCCUUCCUUCCUUCCUUCCUUCUUUCUUUUUUCUUUCUUUCUUUCUUUCGUUCGUUUGUUUACGGCUAAUAUUUCGUUUUUUCUGGUUUUGUUUCUCUUCUGACAUUUUUCCUCCCAUUCAUUCAUUCAUUCUUUCUUUCUUUCUUUCUUUCGUAAGUUUUUUAUUUCAUUUCAUUUUAAUGUCCAUUUGCUUCUCAUUUCCCGCUCUUUUUAUUUUUCUUCCUAAUUUUUCUUUCUUUCUUUUUCUUUCUUUUCUUCUUUCUUUUCUUUCUUUCUUUCUUUCUUUCUUUUCUUUCCCUUCUUUCUUUCUUAAUUAUAUUUAUAACUUUUCUUUCUUUCUUUUAUAUUCUGUUUUCCACUUUACUUUCCCCUUCAAGUUACUCAACUUCUUCCCAAGGACCCCUCCCUUUCUUCCCGCCAUUUUCCCGUCAGUGUUUUCCGUUCACCUCACUUUGAUUCAACUGCGUAUUUCAGUCUUCUUAUUUAAUUUCCCAACCACUGAAACUUCUUGA